ACCGCAUCUUGCUCAAAUUAGCUUCUCGCGAUGACCGAAAAAAUGUUUAUAAACGUAUAGGAUUAUUAUAAAAUAUUGCAAUAUAUCUUAUAUAACUCUUUCUUGAACGGGUUGGUUAUGUGAAUAAAUCUACAAUCAAGGAUACAGUUUAAACUACGUUUUUGAAUAAUAUAUUCUACCCCAUACUGUACCUCAGCCUAACUUCCUGUUUUAUCGUAAAAGGAGAAAGCGAAACCUACACGUUUUUCUUUGGAAAACGGACAUUGGAGGUGGUUCACUGCUGUGUUCAGAAGGAGUUUCUUUAGGCUUUGUCUAUCGGUUUUGUCUGCUCACUUGAAACUGCAAGAUAAAUAACUGGAAGAAUGGCUUUUUACCAGCAACAACCUUUCUAUAACCCGAGAAUUCCAUUCAGAGGCCCAAUUCAGGGCGGCCUGCAGGACGGGAAAAGCAUUAUCAUAAGUGGACGGGUUUUACCAGGUGCUAACAGGUUUCAUGUGAACCUACAGUGUGGUUCUCAUUCAGGGGCUAACGUUGCUCUUCACUUUAACCCACGCUAUGAAGACACUGACUAUGUAGUGCACAACUCAUAUCUGAACAGGACCUGGGGCUCAGAGGAGCGCAAGUAUGAAUCUCCCUUUGCUAAAGGUCAAACAUUCACCCUGCAGAUCCUCGUUGCCCAAGACAGAUACAAGAUAUCUACAAAUGGCAGACAUUUUAUGGAUUACAAACAUCGGAUACCAUUCACUCAGGUCGACACAGUCGCAGUGGAGGGAAUGGUGGAAGUGAACUCUGUUGCCUUCCAGAAUCCUGCGCCCUAUUUCCCUCCACAACCAGCCUUUCCAGGUUUCAUUCCUCCCCAAGCAGGCUAUGCGCCUCAGUAUGCUGUACCUCCAGGAUGUGGGUUCCCUGCCUUCCCUUCUGCACCAAACUAUACCAUCCCAUACAAAACGGUCAUGAAUGGGGGACUUCACCCAGGCAAAAACAUUGUCAUCAAUGGAAUUGUCAACCCUAAUGCUAAAAGAAUAACAUUCAACCUGUGCUACAGAAGUGGGAUUGCGUUUCACUACAAUCCCCGUUUUGAUGAGAAUGUUGUUGUGAGAAACACCAACCAGAUGGAGAAAUGGGGUGCGGAGGAACGGUUUGGAGGGCUGCCAUUUCACAAAGGACAACCUUUUCAGGUCACCAUCUCCUGUAAUCCCCAACACUACAAUGUCUUUGUCAAUGGCAAACAAGUACACACUUACAAACAUCGCUACACAAAGCUGAACGACAUCGACAUUUUAGAGAUUUGUGGAGAUCUGCAGCUGACUUCAGUGCAGGCCUAGCAGAGACGUCUGUUUAAGACGGAAAUCAUGAAUAAAAGAAAAACAAGGGAAUGCAUUACUAAUUAUUGUGCUCUGCAAUGCUAAAAUAUGACUGAAUGUGAACAUAAACAGUUUUUUAAUGUGGUUUAGCUUCACAUAUAAUAUGUUCUGUAGUUGCAUGUUUUUAUAUAACUGUUGGUAGCCGAGAGAACUCAACGUGCUGCAACAUAAGAAAACAUCUUUGCCGGUUUGACAAAAAACAUUUCCAUUGUGGUCCGUGCUAUUUGCAUUUGUUGUGAGGAUUUUCAUCAUGUUUUCUAUUUGUGUUUGCAUUGUGAGGAUUUGCAACACGUGUGCCGAUUAAGGUGUUUUCUUUAUUUGCUAAUGUUUUUUGUAUUUGUGUAUUUCUAAGUUGCAGCAGGUUGAGCUCUCUUGAUCAUUAUAUGCAUGCUUAAAGCUAUAAAUCAGCAAAUCAUGUCAUAAUCAUGGAAAUGAAUGUCCUAUUGACCUUAUUCUACAAUGCAGAAGUGCGCUCAUUUUGUGAUUGUUUUAGAACUUCUGUUUCUGGUGCCAAUGAAAUAGAAUUGACUAAUAAAUGGCAGAAAAAUGUCUACUACUUGUUCUACAAACAAAAAUAAAAGAAUAUAAUAAGGAAAUGUCAGUUUGCAACAUCAAGCAUCAUCACAAGCUGUUUUUAAUACCUUAAAAUCACUAAAAGUGAAGGAGACCGGAAGUCUUUAGGCAGAUUCCAAUGACUGCGUCCACUCAUACAUGAAGAAUAAGGUCAAUAUUGUUUGUCCAAUCAAAAUGUUUCCUAAUCAAAAUGGUUUAAUGAACCAGGCUUUUCAAGAAGAGUAUUGCAGCAUUUUUGCUGUUUUUCAGCUCUAAAGCUUAAUAUUUCAACAGGGCUUAAAUGUUUUUUGUUAUCUGUGAUUUAUUAUAUGAAUAGUAUUCCAUGUGUCCAGGUAUAUUCACCAAGACUCUUUCUAAAGAAAUAUGCUACUUUCUUUUGGUUAUAAUAAUGUGAAGGCAGUCGAAUUGAAGGAACUCAUUUGUUAAAUAAUUCUGACUUCAACUGUAGUAACAGUUUUCUCUCUGUUUAUGUUACAUUUCAUUUAUCAUUAAGGUGGCAGUAGAGUCAUAUUACUUUGCCAUUUUAUUACUGUGAACUUGAAACUGUCAACCUGGUUAAUGCUCAAAAAAACAAUAAAGUUUUUACCAUUUAA